UUUUAAUAUGGGUAAUGUCUACACUGUGGUAUUACUAGUUUAUGUCGGCUCCUUCUUCCAACACUGAAGUGUGAGAAAGAGAGCAGACGAGACUUCUACCUGGACAGGUAACGGGAAAAGGGAAGAAGAUUUGAAGUGAACUUGAACCUACACUGAACUCACCGUAGCCAACUUCAACGAGCAUACUUCAUUCUGAUUGGCCCGGAGCCGAUUUGGCUAGCCAAUCAGAGUAAAGCGUUCUCUUUCCAAGCUGACGUGGUGGUGUUCACCAACACCUACGUCCGGUCGUUACCGGGCUCUACCUGUCUGUCCUUCAUUCAUAAGCAAAGAGGGUUCCAGUGGCCUCGACCGUCAUCAGUUCCGUGUAAACAUGGCGGGUUACCUGAAAGCUCUGCACUGUACAGCUGCUGCACUGUCGCAAAGCCCCGCUGUGCUCUCACCGGCUUCCGUCUGCCUCCUGCAACAGAGAAACUAUGGCACAAAGCGCAUCAAGGCGGAGCAGCCGGUGGUGGAGAUGGACGGCGAUGAGAUGACUCGCAUCAUAUGGGAGUUCAUCAAAGAGAAGCUCAUCCUGCCCAAUGUCGAUGUUGAGCUGAAGUACUUUGACCUGGGUCUGCCCUACCGGGACCAGACAAACGACCAGGUCACCAUCGACUCCGCUCUGGCAACUCAGAAAUACAAUGUGGCUAUCAAGUGUGCCACCAUCACCCCCGACGAGGCCCGAGUUGAAGAGUUUAAGCUAAAGAAGAUGUGGAAAAGUCCUAAUGGAACCAUUCGGAACAUCUUGGGCGGCACCGUUUUCCGUGAGCCAAUCCUCUGUAAAAACAUCCCUCGUCUCGUUACCGGUUGGACACAAGCCAUAACAAUUGGCAGACAUGCUUUCGGCGAUCAGUACAGGGCCACAGACUUUGUUGUUGACCAGCCGGGCAAGUUCAAGAUGGUGUUCGCUCCGGCCGACGGAAGCCAGCAGAAGGAGUGGGAGGUGUAUAACUUUCUCGCUGGGGGCUGUGGGUUGGGAAUGUACAACACUGACGAGUCCAUCAGUGGAUUUGCUCACAGCUGCUUCCAGUAUGCCAUCCAGAAAAGGUGGCCUCUGUACAUGAGCACCAAGAACACCAUCCUCAAGGCCUACGACGGGCGCUUCAAAGACAUCUUCCAGGACAUCUUUGAGAAGGACUACAAGCCUGAGUUUGACAAGCUGAAGAUCUGGUAUGAGCACCGUCUUAUUGACGACAUGGUGGCCCAGGUCCUGAAGUCCUCUGGAGGAUUUGUUUGGGCCUGCAAGAAUUACGAUGGAGAUGUGCAGUCAGACAUUCUGGCUCAGGGUUUUGGUUCUCUAGGUCUCAUGACAUCAGUGCUCGUGUGCCCAGACGGAAAGACUAUCGAGGCCGAGGCUGCACACGGCACUGUGACCCGGCACUACCGUGAACACCAGAGGGGAAAACCAACCAGCACCAACCCCAUCGCGAGCAUCUUUGCCUGGACCAGAGGGCUGGAGCACAGAGGGAAACUGGACGGCAAUCCUGAUUUGAUGAAGUUCUGCCAGACGUUGGAACGUGUCUGUGUGACAACUGUGGAAAAUGGUGUGAUGACCAAGGACCUGGCAGGCUGCAUCCAUGGCUUGGCCAACUGCAAGCUGGGUGAGCAUUAUGUGAACACAACGGACUUCCUCGAUGCCAUCAAGACCAACUUGGACAAAGUUUUGAGCAAAUGAAGACAAACUUGCCAACGUAGAAAAAAAAAAUUUUUCAGACACUUUCUUUUUUUCUCCUUCUGUAUAAAUCUUUGUAUCCAAUUUUAAAGGAACCAAAUUUGCAAUUUUUGUAUUUGUAUAGCUCACUGACACAUAACUGUGCUCAUGGUCCUCUGCCUUUCCUGUUGCCAAAUGUCCAGUUAUGCAUUGCAUAAAAGUGAUUCUGCUGUAUGAAUCGAUAUCAAUGCUAUUAACCCAAUGUUCCCUGAAGAUAUCUUCCUAUAAGUGAUUAGAUUAAUUUUCCAAAUCCUCUGUAUUAUGAUACUUACCCAUUUAAUUAGUUAGGCAAACUAAUGCGGAUAUAAUUCAAUGUAAUGUGACAGAGGAGCAUUUUUACUUCAGUUUAUGAACAUAGUUUUAAGAACAAUGUGUGAGAUGUCAGAAUAGUAAUGAGAAGUAUUGGUGUGAUUAGCAUUGAGCCCUCUGAAAGAGCUUCAAGAAUAUGAUUUAAUGAGACAACAGUUAAGGAAUGUGACUUCUCGUGUUGAAUCCAUAACUCCUCCAGAGGGCGCUAUAAGGGUUCCCCUCGCAAUUAAUUUUCAAGCCAUCUUAUUCUACAUUUUAAUUGCAUGCGCUGGCACACGUGAGCCUCUGUCCAGGAGAAUAUUCAUGCGGUCAAAUGCCCCCUCCAGUGCAUGACGGUGAGUGGUGUUUGCUCCAGCAGGGUGCGGGGCCUGAUGGGAGUUUUGGGAACGCUUUCUGAUGUUGUGACAAUUACAGUACAACACCAGCAGAUGUCGACAUGGUUAGCCAGCCAGCCAUGUGCUGAAUGCUUCAUUGUGCCACUCACAGAUGCUCUUCUGAAAUCAAUGGUGGGCCCCUGCAGCUCGUUAUUGCUGGAUGGAGAACCGCUGAGGCGCGCUGCAGUAAGACAAUUCAGAGUGUGUCUGGUAAAUAGCUCAUUACGCCUGGAUUUACCUCGAGAUAGGUUUCUGUUCAUCUAGAUUCUAGAUGACCUGGUGUUCACUGUUAUCCCGCAUAACAACAAAGUAGCCAAAGUAGAGGGAAGCAAAACAUACCUUUAAGGACAUGUGAAUAAAAGGACACGGGAGCACUGACGGAA